GUGUGUCACCGCCUCGUCUGGGAGAGUCGCUGCCGAGUGGGCGCUCGGUUUUUGGGUCGUCAUGGCUGGUUACGAAUACGUGAGCCCGGAGCAGCUGGCUGGCUUUGAUAAGUACAAGUACAGUGCUGUGGAUACAAAUCCACUCUCUCUGUAUGUCAUGCAUCCAUUUUGGAACACUGUAGUAAAGGUAUUUCCUACUUGGCUGGCUCCCAAUCUGAUAACAUUUUCUGGCUUUCUGCUCCUUGUAUUCAAUUUUCUACUUAUGGCGUACUUUGAUCCUGAUUUUUAUGCUUCAGCACCAGGUCACAAGCAUGUACCUGAUUGGGUUUGGAUUGUGGUGGGCAUCCUCAACUUUAUAGCCUACACUCUAGAUGGUGUGGAUGGAAAGCAAGCCCGUAGAACCAAUUCCAGCACCCCCUUAGGGGAGCUUUUUGACCAUGGCCUGGAUAGUUGGUCAUGUGUUUACUUUGUUGUGACUGUGUAUUCCAUCUUUGGAAGAGGAUCAACUGGUGUCAGUGUUUUUGUUCUUUAUCUCCUGCUAUGGGUAGUUUUGUUUUCUUUCAUCCUGUCUCACUGGGAAAAGUAUAACACAGGGAUUCUUUUCCUGCCAUGGGGAUAUGACAUUAGCCAGGUGACUAUUUCUUUUGUCUACAUAGUGACUGCAGUUGUGGGAGUUGAGGCCUGGUAUGAACCUUUCCUGUUUAAUUUCUUAUAUAGAGACCUAUUCACUGCAAUGAUUAUUGGUUGUGCAUUAUGUGUGACUCUUCCAAUGAGUUUAAUAAACUUUUACAGAAGCUAUAAAAAUAACACCUUGAAACACAAUUCAGUCUAUGAAGCUAUGAUUCCCUUCCUUUCUCCAUGCUUGCUAUUCAUUUUGUCUACAGCAUGGAUCCUCCAGUCAUCUUCAGAUAUUUUAGAGAUACAUCCUAGACUAUUCUACUUUAUGGUUGGAACAGCCUUUGCCAACAUCACGUGUCAGCUGAUUGUUUGUCAAAUGAGCAGUACCCGCUGCCCAACUUUGAAUUGGUUGCUGGUUCCUCUCUUCUUGGUUGUCAUGGUGGUAAAUUUAGGAGUAGCCUCUCACAUUGAGAGUGUUCUCCUGUAUACAUUAACCACUGCUUUCACUCUGGCCCACAUCCAUUAUGGAGUACAAGUGGUAAAGCAGCUAAGCAGCCAUUUUCAGAUUUACCCCUUCUCAUUGAGGAAACCAAACUCAGAUUGACUAGGAAUGGAAGAAGAGAAUAUUGGCAUGUAAUCUACAGAAAGAAGAACUGUAAAUAGAUGCUUGUAAAUAUUUCAUCCAUCACCAUUGAACUAAACUGAUCUGCUUGACAGACACGGGAUCUCAGUGUGUGUGGUACUUGGACAGCAGGAAUGAUACAUCUGAUCUGGAUUUGUGGAAUUUUGGACCUACUAACUCCCAGCUUAUUUUAUUUUAUUUUUUAUAAAACCAUGUGACAUUUUGGUUGAGCUAAUGUACAUUAGACCAGCAAAAUGUUUCUAGUGAUUUUAGCUUCAUGAGUCCAUAAUGUUUUGGUUCAUACAAAGUUAAAGAUGCUGUGUUUUUAUUUUUAAAACCUCAAAAUUGGUUUGGGAACACUGAUACUCAGAAAACCACAGUACAAGUAUGUUUUCAUAUUUGGUACUUUAUAAUAGGUCUUUAGCUGUAGAAGCUAUCAACAACCCAAUCUAAUAUAGGAAAAAGAUUAAAAACAAGUCACCUUCAGCAAGAGAUGCCACUGAUUACAGAACAAUGUACAGUUGCCAAAUACUGGUUUUUCUUUCCCAUGGAAAUGCCUUUUGUCCUCACAUGCUAAGAGAGCAUAUACGUAUAUAUAUAUAUAAAAUAUAGAUUCUAUAGUAUUCUGGCUCUCAUUAUGGAACAGAUCUUGAUAAAUGGUUUAAUUUUCUUUUAAAGAGAAAUAGUCUAUUGAUACUUAGUAGAUAAUGGGUUGUAAUUAUAGCUUAUCCAGUGGCAUGGUUAAUUGUUUCAGUGUGUCAUUUUUCCGCCUCAGCUGCAUGUUGCUGAGAUUUGGUGCCUGUGAGCUGUGAUUUUAAGAAUGCAUGUGAUAGUCCCAGCCUUAUGAUAGUUACUUGCCAGGAAUGCAGAUAAAGAACAUUAGAAGAGAAAUUUAAAUUGGACUUAGGACUCUCAUGAACCUCACUGUGACCAAAAUUAGUUUUCUGAUUCAAUUUGUCUGUCCUUCUCUCCCUGUCUUUUUGGAGGGUGGGUUGCUGUGUUUUUUAUUUUAUACAUGAUAAAGUGGAGAGAAAUUCUCUCUUUCCCCAACUUGCCCACUUCCUCACUUGAAGAAAACUUUUAAUAUAUAUGCCUUACCGAGUACAUACUCCCUUUAAUAUGACUUGGAGUAAUUUUUGAGGUUUACUGACAAAUAUAAAAAUUCCUUUAA